AAUUCACGAUGGGCUCAGGUAAACCAAGAGGUAUUAAAGCCGCUAGAAAGAUCAAGGCUAACAGAAGAGAUUCCAGAUGGGCUGAUAUUGACUAUAAGAAGAUCGCUUUAGGUACUUUGGUCAAGUCUAACCCAUUCGCUGGUGCUUCCCAUGCUAAGGGUAUCAUCCUUGAAAAGGUCGGUGUUGAAGCCAAACAACCUAACUCUGCUAUUCGUAAGUGUGUCAGAGUCCAAUUGGUCAAGAAUGGUAAGAAGAUCACUGCUUUCGUUCCAAACGACGGUUGUUUGCUCUUCCUCGAAGAAAACGAUGAAGUUUUGGUUUCUGGUUUCGGUAGAGCUGGUCACUCUGUUGGUGAUAUUCCGGGAGUCCGUUUCAAGGUCGUCAAAGUUGCUGGUGUCUCCCUCUUGGCCCUUUACAAAGGAAAGAAGGAAAAGCCAAGAAAUUAAAAUUCUGUCAUUGCAAUCAUAAUAAAACAUAAAAAUUAUC